CGUUAGAGGAUGUGUGGAAAGAUAUAGUGAUUUUAUGUUUUUCGAAAUUCGAAACUUAUCCUUUUCGAAUUAGUAACGAAAAGUUUUUCAUGAAAUAAAGUAAAGCAUUUUCAAACUGAUAAUAAACACAACUUUAUUGCAUUCGUGGAGUGAAGUCUUAAUAUGCAAAUUAGUUAUCGUGGACACGACUAUCAAAAAAUGCGCGUGUUCAGUGAAACAUGAGCACGUUUUGAAUUAAAAAGUAUUCAUUAUAGACUAUAAUCAAAAUGGCAUCUCCUCAGAAAGAUAUAGAAUUAAGUCCAGUUAAGACCGAUGCUAAAUCUUCGGUGCCGGCGGAGAGGUUAGCAGUGCCGCUGAAUGACGAAGAAGAUGUUAUUAUUGGCCGAUUUCGAAAGAUAAGUUCUGCUAAAUCUAUGGCAGCGACAAAUGGGAAUAUCCAGUAUCCAGAAUUAUCUUUGCCGUCGAGAAGUGAUGAUGUGGAAGUGGGACUGCAGUUCAGGGCGAAAGAUGCGGGGGAAAGAGACCGGCUACUUGCAGAUGGUCCAGCUAACGGACCCGUGAUAGUAGCCGCCGCCUCCCCAGUGACGAAGAGCAGUUUUCGGGAUAUUGAAAAGCCAUCACGAUUUAAGGACCACCCUUCUGCAACCAGAUUUCAGAUGGAGGAUAACAGACAGGACAGCAACGCGACGGAAGACUCCGAGGGUUCAGGCAUGGAGAGCGAUGACCCGCUCACAGCUACGGACACUAAAUAUGGAAAGAGUUUUAGACAUUUCACCCGGGAAGCAUUACCCAGGUUGGACAAUUAUCGGAAUGUGCUGUCCUUACAUGCGGCGCCGAGACCCACCCUUGACGAGCUUCACAACGCCUCCCUGUCUAGGAAGCCAGGCCAAACGUUGGAGAAGGAUCUCGUGUCACCAGCGAUGGGGAGUUCGCAGGUCAAGUUCGGUUGGAUCAAGGGUGUCCUGAUGCGGUGUCUACUCAACAUAUGGGGGGUGAUGCUGUUUCUGCGCCUCUCUUGGGUGGUGGGCCAAGCUGGUAUUGUGCAGUCAAUCGUGCUGAUCAUGACGACGUCAGUGGUGACCACUAUUACGGCGCUCUCCAUGUCCGCCAUUAGCACCAACGGUGUCAUCAAAGGAGGCGGCACAUACUACAUGAUAUCCCGAUCUCUGGGCCCUGAGUUCGGCGGGUCAAUCGGGCUGAUCUUCUCAAUGGCCAACGCCGUAGCGUGCGCUAUGUACGUGGUCGGGUUUGGGGAGUCACUGAUUACCCUCAUACCGGAGACGGCGUAUAUGGUCAGCAAGAGUUGGGAUCAAGCGAUCUACGGGUGCAUAACUAUAGUUCUUCUCACAGGAAUAGUGAUGGUGGGGAUGGAAUGGGAGGCGAAAGCACAGAUAGUGUUGUUGGUCAUACUACUGGCUGCAAUUGCUGACUUCUGUAUAGGCUCUGUGAUUGGCCCCAAGAGUGACCUUGAAUUGGCUCAAGGCUUCGUCGGAUACAACAUGACAAUCCUUCAAGAGAAUCUUUGGCCCGACUACAGAUACUUCGAGGGCGUGGAACACAAUUUCUUCUCAGUGUUCUCCAUAUUCUUCCCGGCCGCCACCGGCAUAUUGGCCGGCGCUAACAUAUCUGGAGAUCUUAAGGACCCCCAAAAAUCCAUUCCCAAAGGCACAUUACUAGCCAUCCUGUUAACAACGAUCUCCUACCUGGUGAUAGCCAUAAUAGCGGGGUGGACAGUGCUCCGCGACGCGUCGGGCAACGUCGCCGACAUAGCCAACUGGACAGUGGCCGAUUGCAAAGAAAACGCCACCUGUUUGUAUGGUCUGCAGAACAGCAAUGAGGUGAUCCGCUUGGUGUCCGGUUUCGGGCCGCUCAUAUACGGCGGAUGUUUUGCCGCGACGCUCUCCUCGGCGCUGGCGUCGCUUGUGUCCGCGCCUAAAGUGUUUCAGGCUCUAUGUCAGGACAAACUGUACCCAUAUCUGGAGUUCUUCGCGAAAGGCUACGGCAGCAACAAUGAGCCGGUCAGAGGAUAUGUGUUGACCUUCAUCAUAGCCACCGCUUUCAUACUCAUAGGCGGUUUGAACCAGAUCGCUCCGCUCAUCUCCAACUUCUUCCUGGCGGCGUACGCGCUCAUCAACUUCGCAACGUUCCACGCGAGCCUCGCCAAACCGCUCGGAUGGCGGCCUACUUUCAGACUGUACAACAUGUGGCUGUCGCUGGCGGGGUCGCUGGUGUGCGUGGGCAUCAUGUUCGUCGUCUCGUGGAUCACCGCGCUCGUCACCAUCGGCUGCCUGCUGGCGCUCUAUCUGCUGGUGUCCUACAGGAGGCCGGAUGUGAACUGGGGUUCCACGACGCAAGCGCAGACAUACAAGACCGCAUUGACCGGAGUACACCACCUGAACAGAGUAAUGGAACAUGUGAAAAAUUACAGGCCACAAAUCUUGGUGCUAACUGGGUUCCCGGCCGAGAGACCAAUACUGACAGACUUCGCGUAUCUCCUCACCAAGGGGCUCUCUCUCAUGCUCUGCGGACAUAUCAUUCAGGGCCAAGUGAGUCACCGAGCUCGAGAGGCGUUAGCGAGUCGUACGUACCAGUGGUUCAACCGUAGGAAGAUAAAGGCGUUCUACACUGUUGUGGACGAUUGUAGCUUCAAAGAUGGCGCUAGUGCGCUCAUACAGACGAGCGGUUUGGGCAAGCUGAAGCCGAACAUUCUCAUGAUGGGCUUCAAGGAAGACUGGCUUACUUGCGACCGGAACGAUAUGGUCGACUACGUGGAGGUUAUGCACAAAGCCCUGGACGUGCACAUGGCGCUGGCGCUGGUGCGCGUGGAGGGCGGGCAGCGCGCCGACGCGGCGCUGGACGACGACCUGCGCGCCUUCCUGCACGCGCCCGCCGCCGGCGCAGACCUGUGCGCUGUGCCCAGGUCGAUGGGCGAUAACUACAAAGAGUCAAAAUCUACUGAGAGCUUGAACCAUUCCGUUGGUAGUAGUAUAUCAGACGUGUCAAUGGGAUCGCCGCAGCUGAGGCGGGCGGGCGUGGUGGCCGACCCCGGCGCUGCGGAUCAGAAUGACAAAGAUGGCGCUCAUAAACAGAAGGAGAGCCGCGGCGUGGGCGGCGUAGUGCGUAGAGCGCUGGCGGGCACGCGGCGCGCGUCCUCGUUCACGUCCGUGGAGCAGUUCACCAAGCGGCAGGCGGGCACCGUCGACGUGUGGUGGCUGUACGAUGAUGGGGGUCUAACCCUGCUGCUGCCGUACAUCCUGUCGACGCGCCGCGCGUGGGCCUCCAGUCCGCUCCGCGUGUUCACACUCGCCAAUAAAAAUACUGAAAUGGAGAUCGAGGAGAGGAACAUGGCAUCACUUCUAUCCAAGUUCCGUAUAGACUAUUCGGCCCUGAAAAUGAUCCCGGAUAUAACCAAGCGUCCGCGGGACUCCACGUUAGCCUAUUUUGAGAGGCUCAUAGCACCUUUCAAGACCAGUGACGAAAGCAAUGAUCAAACCGGCAUCACAGAAGCGGACUUGCUCGCCGCCCGCGAUCGCACCCACCGCCACCUGCGACUGCGCGAACUCAUCGCGUCGCAGUCGGCGGGCGCGCGGCUCGUGUGCGUGACGCUGCCACUCCCGCGCAGGCGCGGCGUGGUGCCGCCCGCGCUGUACCUGGCGUGGCUGCACGCCAUCGCCACGGCCGCGGAUAGGGUGCUGCUGGUGAGGGGCAAUCACGCGGCCGUUCUCACGUUCUACUCUUGAGAUGUGGUGAUGUAAAAAAAGAUACGGUUUCUCGUUGUUUCUCGCGUGGAAAGUGAUGUCUAUACUAAUGUUGUGGAGGUGGAGGUUUGUUUGUUUGUUUGUUUGUUUGAAUGCGUUUAUAUUAGAAACUAUUGGUUCGAAUUGAAAAUUUAUUUUUGUGUUGAGUAGACCAUUUUGGCUUUAGGCUAUAUAAUAUUACGCUGCAACUUUUAGGAGCGAAGUAGUAAAGGAAAUUGUAAAAAAAAUGGGGAAAAUUAUUCAUCCUUGAGGGCUUCAAUGAUCCCCAAAAUAACUUUUCCAAGCGAACGAAGUCGCGGGCACAGCUAGUGUAAACAUAUUUAAAUACUAAAGGUGUUAAACGCGCACGUAACGUACUUUUAUUUUGUCUCGGACAUUUCGAAUCAUGUUACAAUGAUCCGUGGUCACCGAGCGACUGAAAACCAGCCGGCUACAGCUUCGUCUGCGAUGCAAAAUGUUCUUCUACCGUUAAGUUGUUAGUUACAUGAGUAACGUGCCGUUUAGUACCUGUAGUAUUUAUAAAUAAUAUAAAAAAUGUGUUUUAUCGACGGUGCGAGACUCAUUCGCGUUACUUUACCGAUUCAGCACAGACGAUAGUUUUGUUGGUGAGGUGAGACAAGGCGAUUUUAACGUUGUAUUCUUAAGAGUUACAUUGUAUUAUUGUCUUUUUCUAUAGUUGUUUCACAGGAAGCGACUUUGAAAUAUGUUCUGAUAAACUAACAUUAACCAUUUUCGGACCAAUUUCUCUUUGACAAUUACCGCCAGUAAAUGACUCGGAUAAUUUCUAACCGUUGUUUAUAAGUAUUAGUAAUUAUGUUCAAGCAAGUUAACUUUUUACCAAGCGACUUGUAAAAAGCUGCAGUACAGUUUAUUGUGCCGCUGCCUCUAAACUUGCACUCGUUCAUAUUAUUAGUGCACCUGAAUUUUAAAAAAGAAUCUCCUUUUAAUUAACUUUAUUGCUCUAUGACGUGAACUGGAAUCAUGAAAUAAAGGUUCUGAAGCGUUAAUAGUAAAAAGCUGACUAAAACUUAAUUUUCUUCAACAUAUUAUACUUUUUAUCUUCAUAAUGCCAUUUGAUACAAAUACAAUGACAUCAAAUUGUCUUUUAAACUUGUACAUAUACUUGUUUUUUUUUGGUAAUGGUGUUUUACGAAUAUUUUUUUUUUACAUUAUCUUUAAACU